AUGGAUAACUAGAAACAGACAUCUCCUCCUAAAGUCAGCAAUGUAAAUGACUCUUUAAUGAGUAAAGCAGCAGAAUAAAGUAUUAAUUAAAACUCCCUUGAUAGAGGAAAUAUUAUUGGGCAUUCCUCUCAAAUUUAGUUUGAUGACUAGACAUAGGCUCACAAUGAUUCCCAAUAAAAUCUAUACCUUAACAACAGCUUGAGGCAACUAGGCAAUUAAUUAGAAGAGAUUAAUGAUCCGUUUUAUAUUGAACAGUAGCGUAGACUUGCUAAGCUUAGACAAGCUUAAAUGAAGCAAGAUUAAAUUUUCCAAUAACAUCUUUAAUGA